UUUAAUUAAAAAUAAUUAAUGCUUUUAACUCAUUUUAGGAUAAUGAUAAACAAGAAAUGAAAGAGGAAGUAGACAUAAAAGAAUCAGAUGGUAAAGGUUUAGACGAACCUACAGUCAAAAAGGCAAGACUUUCUAAAGAUAACACAAUGCUCGAAACAGCUAAGCUUGGAAAAGACAUACUGGGCAAUGAAAAAUUGGACGAAUCACGAUCAAGUACAAGGGCAUUACGUGAAAGCAAAGCAUCGACAAAAAGGUUGAGUACAAUGGCCAAAACUGCUAAAGAGGGUGAAGCUUUAUUAAAAGAAUUGGGUCAUAAAGACGACAACCCAGACAGUGAACGACGACGUACAAGAUCACAGACCCGUGGUGCACCUCCGCCGCCACCUCUUCAGAAGUCGUCGGCAAAAGACACACCCAAACGAGGUCGGAGAGGUAGACCUCGCAAAGACGAAGGUUCCGCAUCGGAGGAAGAAGUCAGAAGUAAAGAAGUAAACAACACAGAAGAAAAAGAAGAAAUGCCAAAUUAUGAUGGACCCAUUGAGUCAGAGGGUGGAACAGAAAUGGAAGAGGUACAAAAUUGAAUAACCAAGGAAAAAAAAACAAACAAAAAACAAAAGCCAAUUGUUUUGAAUCAUUUCUUGCAUAGACUGGGAGCGAGGCUAGAGCAGUGAGUGUGCAUGUGUGCGUGUGUGUGUGAGUGCAUGCACAUCCUGUUUACACACUGGUUUAUAUUAAUCACCGUGUUUCGACACAUCCAUUAUGCAAAAAACUGCUAUCAUUUUUUAAUCGUGAUAGCCGACAUCAUUAUAAUCCCACAUCUGUAUCAGAGAAACUCUCUCGACACAUGGAUAUGUUAGAUUAGCCACAAGUAUUUUAAACAUGCUUCUGACAAAGGAUAAAAAAAAAAAUUAAAAAAAUAAAUUGUUUAAUGUUACAUUAUGGCUGAUAAAAAAAAUAAUAAAAAUAAGAAAAAUUCAAGAUUUUUAAAA